GGCCGAGGCGACUUGGUUUUGGGCUCUUUGUUCGCUCGUGCGCGAAGCAUUCGUGGUGAGUUCAUGUUCAAAUCAAAGCUGCAUUUACGCGCGAGCAAUCAACGCAAUUCUUAGCGCGAACGUCGCUCUACGCGCUGCGCGCGCCCCGUCUGAAGGUCACACCACUGUCGCAUCGAUGGCGUGCCGUCACCGCGAAGGCGCCGUCGACGCGGCCGCGAGACGAGCCGCCGUCGCCGCCCAAAACGCCACCGCCGCGCGCAGGCGCAUAAAAUCGCACGAUGCCCGUCUGCGCCGACCCCGCGGCGGUGCUCGAGCAGCAGGUGCCCAUGUACCACCUCGACGACGACCACCGCUACAUCAUGAUCAUGGGCGUCGGCCCGGAAGGCAGCGACGGCAACUACCAGUCCUUCGCGCCCUUCCAGAUCCCCAUCGAGUACGACUACGACGUCCUCGACCUCAAGCACAUCAUCCAGGCCCAGCUCGGCUACGAGCCCGACGAGAUCAACCUGCGCGUCGCGGGCGACUUCCGGCCCGACGAGAGCAAGCUCGGGCCGAUCUUCGGCCGCUGGUUCAAGGAGGGCUGGCACAUGCAGGCGUCGGUCUACCCCAAGGGCUGGAAGUCGGCGCUCGAGAAGUACCAGGACGAGAACGGCAAGAACUGAAGUUGUGGAAGUUGUCCCCGCCCCCUCGUUUAAGUUUUGAUGUUUACCAGA